AUGAUACAACUUUUCAAGACCACUAAUGAUCACAUAAAUGAGACAAGAGCCUACCACAAGAAUCAAGAUGCAUCCAUCAGAAACUUGGAGACUCAAAUAGGCCAACUUUCAAGACAACUUGCUGAGAGGAGUCAAGGAACAAUCCCUAGUGAUAUCAUUGUGAAUCCAAGGGAGCACUACAAUGCAAUCACUACUAAAAGUGAGGAGCUAGAAAAAGAGGAAGUUGAAGCUUCUGCAGAAGCUCUGGAGCAAAUGCCUUCAUAUGCCAAAUUCCUGAAGGAAACAUUAUCUAAGAAGAGGAAGCUCACAGAGGAUAAACCGAUUACACUAACAGAGGAGUGCAGUGCAAUUUUAGAGAAAAACAUGCCUCCAAAGUUGAAGGAUCCAAGAAGCUUCAGUAUUCCAUGCACCAUUGGCAAGACGACUGUAGAGAGAGUCUUAUGCGAUCUUGGUGCUAGCAUUAAUGUGAUGCCAUUAAAUCUGAUGAAGAAGCUGGGAAUUAAUGAAGUGAAGCCAACUAGGAUGAAUGUUUAA